AUGCGCCAGGUGGAGAACGCGGUGUACGUCAAAAACCUGAAAAGCGCCAAGAAGCUCACAACCGGGGAGAGCGGCUGCCCCGACGUCAGGACCGGCGAGAUCAUGAGGCAGAGUGUUGCGGUCAUCACCACUGGCAUCGGGCAGGACGCGGCGGCCAUGUGCGUGUACGAGGUGCUGACGCGCUGCGGCCACCUGCUCUACAACGCCCAGUCAGCCGCUCUGUUCGGCCAGUGCUCCUUCCAGGGAGCCUCCGCGGCCGCCGGGCUGCCGCUGUCAGACGAGCUGCUCGCCGCGGCGGCCAAGGGCCUGGCGAGCCCGGCCGUGCCGCCGCGGCCGGCGAGGCUGCUGGCUGAGGAGGCUGCAUUUUGGGCCGCAAUGGCAGACGGGACCAAGGCCAAGUACCCGGCGCUCUCCCCCACAGCCGCCCCGAAGCUCUGGAGCUACAAUGAAUGCAUGGAGAUCAGCUCUCAGUACUUCUGGUCGGGCGCUCCCUGGGACAUGGUGGCCCGCAAGUACGUGGCUGACACCCUGAACGCCGCAAACAGGACCACAGGAAAGCCGGCCAGGGCCUACACGCAGGGUGAUGUCAUUGCGGCCGGACCAUAA